AUGGGCAUAUAUUGUGCUAUCUCGAGGGUAAAAAUGAAAUUUGAAGGAAACAACCAGAAUAUAAGCACGCAGGCAGCUGAAGAAGUGAUGCCUGCUCCAGGCUUUGCCGGGAACCGAUACAAAUUCGCCAAGGGCAAGAAUCCCGACCCCACUGCAGGCACUGCCAAAACAGACGCAUACAUGUGGGGGCGGGCAGUCAUUAGCACGACAGGGGAAUUAUUGGAAAAUUGCGGGUUUUUGAUUAUUUAUCAUAUAUUCGUGUGUGGGACCAUGUACUCGUUCUUGAUAGGAGUGUUUAUACAGAUAACCUCCCAAAUAGGCACGAUGGGGACUGUGUUCAUGCAGGAAGAUGCAUCUCCAGGCGGGGAGAGACAUGCAGAAGACAGAGCAGGCGGAAAGCCCACUGAAGAGAAAAAGUCAAGCGAGCCUGUUUUUGAGACAUACAGGGAGAUUGUAACAGCGCCAGUGAAUAAAGUGUCAGAGGCGUACGCCGUUGUUACAAUGCUUCAAAGCACUUUUCUGGCCAGUGCUUUCGCCGUGCUCAUAGCCACCAAAAUUCUCUCCUUCGUGGGGAUGGUGGUGGGCCGGUCUUCUUUUCCCGUGUGGUGGAGCAAAGACUCGUCGUAUGCGUCAAAUCUUCUGCUUGUGAUCAUUAUUCUUCUUAUUCUUAUGGAGAAAAAAAAGCUCGUCCUCAGAAAAACAAGAGACUUCGUGUACAUAGGCUUUUUCGCGGCUUUUGUGCUCGUGAAUGCAGCACUUUUGGCAUACCUUCUGUCGAUAGACCCAGGCUGGCUUCUUUUGCAGAAAGAGCCUAGAGUGCACCCUGGGAUAAUAUACAGCCCGUACAGGGAAACACUGUGCGGGCGCGGAAUAUCGGCGAUAUGCACUCCCAUGCUCCACAACACGUGCAGCUUUGUAAUGCGAGAAAAGAGGCUUCAGCAAGAGAAGAGAAAAAGAGGCGUCCGAUUUGGGGUUUCUGUCAUUUUGAGCGCUGUGUAUUUCAUGGUUGCAGUCGUUGGGUUUAUUGUGUACGACAAGUCGCUGUUUGGCAUCGUGUGCGGGGACUUCUUUUUUGGCGCUACGGAGAUGCUUCAGAAAAAAGCGGAAGCUCCGCAUCUUGCCAGGCAUAGGCGGGGGCUUAUGCGGUUCCUGCUCGCUAUGAGGGCGCUUGAGCUUGCGUCAAUAGUCGUGCUGGCGAACUCUGCAGUGAAGCACAUUGGCGUACUGUGUGCUAGGAUGUUCCCGUGGAUUGAGAAGAUUCUUGCGCACAUUGACGAUGAAUACGCUGCCGCGCACUAUGGGAGAAAGGACAUUGAGACUUCGAUAUGCGCCAUCAAGUAUGGGGUGGCGACUGCCGUGCUAUUUUCAACUGCGGACUUUAUAGUGAGAAAAAACAUUCCGAUGGCUCUCAGCCUGUGCGGGCUGACUCUCACGCUGGGCAUAUGCGCAGUCUUUCCUGUGGCCGUGCAAGUUAUGAAGGCAAAAGCUGUCCGCAGAAAAGUGCAGCUGCUUCCCGCAAAAAGCAGCUACGUGCUUGCGAGUGCAUGCGGGCUUAUUCUUGUGUUCUCUGCUGUUAUUAUCCCGUGGCUUGCCUCUGCUCGCCAGUAA